UGCUUCAUUAUCGCUCUGUUGUAGCUGGAGGGGAUUCCUAUCCACUCUGCCUCGCUUCUCCCAACCAACAACUGGAACUGAGCUGAAUAAGAACAAACCUCAGACAACAGCCUACCCUGACAUUGAAUAUCUGGCAUUGAAACAAAUAGGAACCUCCUGGACUAUUACUUAACUUUUGUUGGUGGACCACGUGUAUUUUGAGGGAAACAUGCUUCUGUACCCUGACCUUCUGGCCCUGCUCUUCCUCCAGCUUGCCCUCUCCAGCCCGUGGACGCUAGCCUCACGGCUGCCCCCUCUCAGAGGAAGGAGUCCCUCCAGUAAGGGCUUACAGGGGGCUAGGGCCCCCAACCAGAGGCAACAGUCUGUGGAGCUCAGCACCACUGUCCUGUUCCUGGGGGAGCCCUGUGGGGUCUACACCCUGAGCUGUGCCCGAGGACUCCGCUGCGCCCCACCACUGGGAGACCCCAGCCCCCUCCAGGCCCUUCUGCAGGGCAGGGGAGUCUGCGGCAACGCCAGUGAACCCAGCCCUUCUGAGAGUCCCCAGCCAAAAGCCACACACCUGACACUGACUGAAGACCUGGAGAAGGCUCCGUGUCGUAGGCUGCUGAACACUGUACUUAAAGGUCUUGAGCCCGUGGUCUUCCAGUCAGACCGUGGCGAUAUUUAUAUGCCCAACUGUGACAAGCGUGGUUUCUUCAGAAAGAAACAGUGUCGGUCGUCUCGGGGCAUGCACCGCGGUCACUGCUGGUGUGUGAAUGAGAGUGGCAUGCCAACAUCAUCACACACAAGUCCAGAGGGCACCCUGAUCUGUGACAAUGUAUGAGAGGGCACUGCCCAGUCCAACACACCCUGAAGUCUGGAAUAUUGACCAAUGGGUGAGGAUCGAGAGGAAAAGCAAGAUGAGGAGAAAAGAGGGGGAUAGAAGAAGAACAGAAGAGCUGCCCAAAGUGCUGGACACUAAAUGGCCAAUACAUGCAAAAUUCACCCAACUGCAUCCCAAAUGGCACCCUUUGUAGGGAAUAGGGUGCCAUUUCAGAUGCAUUCCCUACUACCUACAAGCACAUUUUUCCAAUUGUAUUUCUCGGGCAGGUCAUUCGCUUUAUCCAUCCCUGUUAGUUUGGUCUCACAGCACCCUCUAGUGAUGAGUUGUGAUACAGUUCAAACCAGAGAGAAUAUUUACUAAGUAGGCUUCACCUGAGUUUAGACUGGAUGGGUAUGGAAUUAUUGCACUUUUUAGUUUCAAUAUCUGUACUCUGUGUUAUAAAUAUGCAGAGUUGUGAGUUAAUUUUAUAACCUAACUCAAAGUGGGUAGACCUGUAGUAGACUACAUCCCCAAUCCCAUUCACCCGCUGCGUCCCAUGACAGUCUAGGCCAGGGUACUCAACUCUUACCCUACGAGGUCGACAGCCUGCUGGUUUUCUGUUCUACCUGAUAAUUAAUUGCACACACCUGGUGUCCCAGGUCUAAAUCAAUCCUUGAUUAUAGGGGAACAAUAAAAAAAUGCAGUGGAACUUGCUUCGAAGUCCAGAGUUGAGUUUGAGGGGUCUAGGCCUAGUGAUGACGAUUGUCUUUGAUGAUGUUACCACUGUCGCUCUUAUAGUUCUGAAACUAUGCACUUAAAUCUGACAUUCUGAUUUUCAAACUCCAGGACCAAGAACUACUGGAGCACCUCCAAUCUUUUUACUGACAUUAUAGCUGUGCAGACAUGUUUUUAGAGUAUAAGAUAUAGUCUUUUUAUAUACAUAUAUAAAUUAAAACCUGAUGUAUUAUUUAAUUCUCAGUAUGUAUUUUUUAUAACAAAUUGUACAUUUUAUUUAAGUGCUUUUUUGUCUUCUAUUGGGCAUGGCAAAACAUUGGAUUUUGUACUGUACCUGCUGAACAUAUUUUAUUGAUGUAAUUAUUUAUGUUGACAAUCUUUUAUACUUAAGUAAAUGUGACAUUUUAUCAAUAAAAGCCUCUGAGUGGAAA